AUGACUCUCACGCGCGUCCUCCUCAUAGGCGCUUCCGGUAACCUGGGAAGUCUGAUCCUGAAGUACCUUCUGUCGUCUCCAUCGAACUUCGAAGUCACGGUGUUGACGCGGGAGUCGUCGACUGCUCAAUUUCCGUCCAAGGUUGCCGUUCGCAAGGUUGCAGAUGACUAUCCACCCGCGCAGCUCGUCGAAGCCUUCAAAGACGUUGACGCCGUGGUCUCGGCGAUCUCCAUGACCGGCAUGCACGAGCAGUACAAGUUCAUCGACGCCUGUCUUGCCGCCGGCGUCAAACGCUACUUCCCGACCGAAUAUGGGCUCGACGACCUUCCCACGUGGCUCACGGAUCUGAGACCCAUGUUCAAGAUCAAGCACGACGUCAGAGACUACGCCAUGGCCAAGGAGAAGGAGGGCCUGGAAUGGACGUGCAUCAUCUGCAAUGUGUUUUUCGAGAUGGGCGUCCGCUCCGGCUUCUUCCAGUUCUUCUGGCCGGAGAAGAGGGCCGUCAUCAUCGGCGGCGGUGAGACCAAGUGGGUGGCUACGACGCUGGACACGUGCGCCCUGGCCGUGGUCAGGGCCCUGGAGAAGGACGAACAGACCAAGAACAAGCUGCUGCUGGUUCAGGACUUCACCACCAGCCAGAAGGAGAUCCUGGACGCCAUCGAAGCCAAGACCGGCAAGUGGCAGGUCGAGGAGAUUCCCUACGACGAGUGGUUGGAGGAGACCAAGCAACAAAUCCGGAGCGGCGACAACAGUGCUCUGGGGAAGCUGACGAUGGGUGCUGUUCUACCUGGUAGCGAUUGGCAGGACAGACCGGAGUUUGCCAACAAGUUGUUGGAGUUGCCGCCAAAGACGUUCGAGCAGGCCAUGAAAGAUGCAUUGCAAGAUGUUUGA